AUGAUGUCAGUACGCCAUCACCAUCAGACGGCGACGGAACUCGGAGUAAUUUUGCCAGCACAAUGUAAAACUAUCUGCGGGAUUAUUCGAAACGGUGCCUGCUCAUCGAUCUCGGAAGCUGUGAGGAAUAACAUGCACCGGGACACACUCAUGUCUCCAUCCGAUGCCGUCUUGCUCUUUGAUGCUGGAGCAGGUCAAGCCCAAGGAAGUAGAAAAUUCCAGGAGGACCGGCAUGUAUUGAUUCGACCGGGUCAGUUUCUUCCAGAAAUGAAGGAUACGUUUGCAUAUUUUGCGAUAUUCGAUGGACAUGGUUCCAGUCUGGUAGCAGAUCAUGCCACAGAGAACCUGCAUAACCUGCUGGCCCAACGACCCGAGCUCAAAAAGGGAGAAUAUGCUGCAGCCAUCAAGGGCGCUCUGGCGGACGAGGACGCCCUCCUGUUGGAGAGCUUCAAGUACGACUCUGCAGAGCCCGCGCUUUCCGGAUCCACCGUGGCCCUGUGCUUGAUAAACCUCACACGGGGCGAGCUGAUUGUCUCCAACCUGGGAGACUCACAUGUCAUCCUGGCCGAGCGCGAUCCUAAAACGGAGAUGCCCUAUCACAUCCGACGACUCACUCGGGCGCACAAGCCCGAGGCACCCGAUGAACUGUCACGCAUCAAAGAGGCUGGGGGAACGGUCGAAAUGCGGAGCGGGGUCGCUCGGUUAGGAUCCUUGAAUAUGUCCCGCGCUCUGGGCGAUUUGCAGUACAAAACACCGGUGAACACCGUCCAGGAAGACGACUGGAUCUUCGGGGCCCGACGGGCCUCGUCGUCAUCUACGCCCGUUCGCGGGGACUUCCUGUCGAAUGACCCGUAUACUUCACGACGCACGUUGCAGGAAGACCGGCGCUACCUCCUGGUAAUCGUAUCGGAUGGAGUCACCGACUACACCGACGACGCGGGCCUGAUUCGGCACGUGAUGAAAUUGUCGAUGCGGGGGAUGAGAGCCAGAGACGUCGCGCAAGACGUCGCCACCAAGGCCGGCAGUCAUCCGAGAAGCGACAAUACCUCGUGUAUCGUGGCUAUGAUAGACGGGCAGCGAUCGUGA